AUGAGCUCCGGGUGCAAGUCUUCUGUGAGCUGCGUCGACGCACGUCGGCCGGCUAGACCAACCUAUGUCAACCUCUACAGGUGGCCGGAGUCCGACGCCGAGUUCGUGAAGUCGAUGACAGGAGGAAGGGACGAGAGAGUCGGUGAUGACAACCUCGUCGACGGGAGGAGGAGGUGGAGUCCGAGCCCAAGGGUGGUGGAUAGUUACUCAUGCCGGCAGAUGUACCUAAGGAGCUACACCUUCUCCAAGGAGGAGACCGCCACGGAGAAGGCACGACAGUGCCUCGGCAAGGCUAAGCGACGAGCUGUCGUCCUGUUCCCUUUUCUCCAGCAGAAGACCGAGGGCCGCAGCUGUGUUCCUGCUCAUGCUGAUACCAAGAUGAGCAGACGUCGCAGCAGGAGGAAGGAGAAGAAGCGAAAGGUCUGCGGAACAGAUAAGAAGCCAAGAGAGAUCUCUUACUCCGCACUGUUCUCCAUUUUCUUCCGGUUCCUCUUCUGCACCUCCAGCGUCGAAGUAGUCGACAGAAGGUGA